AUGCAAUUCCUAAGACGACUUCUGUGGUCGGGAUCUCGCCUUCCACCAUCAGUAACUCGAUACAGGAAACUUGCCUCAGCCGGGACCAAGACCUCGGGAAUUGCCAUGGCGGCUUACGCUUGCACAGUCGCGGCACAGCCCGUUUCUGACAAAGUGUCAGGGAAGAACGCCAAAGACCAUCACAUCAAAAAUAAGCAUGGGGAGACGAUUAGGUUCCAAAAUCCCUGUUCAUCACACGUGUUCCCGCCAUUAACGGUAUUUGUGCCAAUGGUGGUAAAAACCUUACUUGGCAUAGAGAAGAUGCCCGCCCCAAAGCUGGCAGACAACCUCGUGCCCGUGGUGAAACCUCAAUUCCUACCGACACGCACAGAGUGUUCCCAGCUCCGAGCUACGUGGCUUGGCCACGCAUGUUACUAUGUUGAGUAUCCGUCAGGACUGCGGGUAUUGUUUGAUCCUGUGUUUGAGGACUGCUGUGCACCUGUAAACAUCCAGCGCUUCAAGAGGUACACAGAGCGGCCGUGUGACAUAGCUGACAUCCCUUACGUCGAUGCCGUCGUCAUCAGUCAUUCUCAUUAUGACCAUUUGUCGUAUCCUUCUGUGAAGGAGAUCCAGAAACACCAUCCCGAAGCACAUUUUUUCGUGGGCCUGGGACUGGAGAAAUGGUUCAAGUCGAGUGGUAUCGACAAAGUGACGGAGAUGGAUUGGUGGGACGAAGCAGAGGUCACAUUCACCCCCAAUCAAUCAAAGGAAACAAACACACAGCUUGAACCAAUCAAAGCCAAAAUCUCGUGUCUCCCUUGCCAGCACUCAUCCGGCAGGAAUGGACUCGAUAGGGACCGAACCCUCUGGGCCUCAUGGGGAAUCAAGUCUGCGGACAAGACAGUCUGGUUUGGUGGCGAUACGGGCUACCGCACAGUUCCCAAGGUCGCCGAGGGUAUUGAUGACUGGGGCCCGGAGUUUUUGAAUUUGCCCGUGUGUCCUCAGUUCCGGGAGAUCGGAGAACAUCUCGGCUCGGUUGACCUAGGACUUAUCCCUAUUGGCGCCUACAGCCCACGGCAUAUUUUCUCACACAUGCACGCAAAUCCGUUUGACUCUGUCGAAAUCUUUCGCGAUACUAAUUGCAAAAGGGCCAUGGGCAUUCACUGGGGUACCUGGGUGCUAACUUCGGAGCACCCCUUGGAACCUCCUAAGCUGCUCAAAGAGGCGUUGAAAAGGAAAGGCCUCCCUGAGACAGGGUUAUUUGACGUCUGUGAUAUAGGCGAGAGCCGCGAGUUCUGA